CGUGGUCAGUCAAGUACCGGAGUUUCCAGUGGAGGCUGUGCGCGUCUUGCUCCUGGUUUCGGCACCGGCCAGUUUAGACACGGUCCGUCAGCGGGAACCACAGGACUGCGCACAGAGGAGCGGAGACUCUGGAUUAAAAAGGCGCACCGCUCCUGCGCAAGAAACCGCUCGUUUCUAUUCUACGCUGUUCGACUCCCGUGCGCGUUUUGUCGGAUGCUGGAUGCAGGCGCUCGCCGUGUCAAGAAUCCACCUCUGACGGACUAACCAUGGACAGCAUAGGCAGCAGCCGUUGCAAGAUUGUGGUGGUCGGGGAUACUCAGUGCGGGAAAACGGCGCUCCUGCACGUCUUUGCCAAGGACUGCUACCCAGAGAACUACGUGCCCACUGUGUUUGAAAACUACACAGCCAGUUUUGAGAUAGACAAGCACCGGACUGAGCUGAAUAUGUGGGACACGUCAGGUUCCUCUUAUUAUGACAACGUAAGACCUCUGGCGUACCCCGAUUCAGACGCUGUUCUCAUCUGUUUCGACAUCAGCCGACCAGAAACGCUGGACAGCGUCAUUAAAAAGUGGCAAGGAGAGACACAAGAGUUUUGUCCCAACGCCAAAGUGGUGCUAGUGGGCUGUAAGCUUGACAUGAGGACAGACGUCAACACCCUGAGGGAACUCUCCAAGCAGCGGCUAAUCCCUGUCACUCACGAGCAGGGAAGCGCGAUAGCCCGACAGAUGGGGGCAGUGGCCUAUGUUGAGUGCACCUCCAAGGUUUCUGAGAACAGCGUCCGCGACGUGUUCCACAUCACCACCCUGGCCUCAGUGCGGCCGCCGCACAAGCCGCAGCUAAAACGCAGCAGUUCACGCAGAGGCCUGAAGAGGGUGUCGCAGCUCCCCUUGCCACCCCUGACAGGUCGGACUGAGCAAACGGACCAAGCCCCGGCCAUCCGGAAGGACCGGGCCAAGAGCUGUAUACUAAUGUAGAGUCCCAGCCUCCGUCAUAUGCAGUAUAUAUGUAAAUACACAAAAAAGAAAUAUACAAAAGAGAAUCUAUUUAUUAUUUGAUGGUUGUUUUUUUUGUGCAUUUUCAAUUUUUUGCACUGUAGAUGAGGGAGGAAAGAAAAACCCUGCUCCGUGAAAACAAAUGCUUUGGAUUUUAUUUCCCCCCCUCUUCCCCCCCUUUUUUUUUGCUGCGUGUGUGCAUAUUUUAGAAGCUGUUUAUUUCUUUGUUUUGUUUUGAAGCCAUGGCAAAUUGGACUAACCCUGUGGAAAUGCGGGCGCUGCGAUAGUGGAAGAGCCGUCUCGUCUGAGGGAAUUAAAGUGAAAUUAAUUUCCUGAGAAGGACGGCGGAGCGGCGACCGGAGAGUGGCCAUGUGAGGGGAGCCGUGUUUGUUCAGGAUAUCUGCGAAUGAAACUUGUUGUUUUCACGGACGGUGUUGCUUGGCAGAGGUGUGCCGCCUGGAGUCACUUCCUGUCGCCAUGUUUACGAGGACAACAAACAGAGCAGACGUUUAUGCUGGAAGUGGACUCUGGUAUCUGGGUGAAUGAUGACGGUCUGUUAAGGUCUGGAAGUGGAAUGAGACUGAAAUGUUGUUAAUGUUGUGUGUCUGAGCACUAUCACCAAAAGUGCAUUCUAGGAAAAAAAAAAAAUAUAGGAUUCUCUUUUUUCAAUUUAACACAGUUUUUCUCAUCUGCUCCAGUUGUGCCAGUUUGAUUCACUGAAAUGAAUGCUGUUAACACAAUUUGACAGCUGCUUCUUUGUGCAAAAAUAAAAUGGUUGAAAACGGGA